CUUUUUUCUGCACCCAAAGAUUGUGAAAUUACCCCCACAAAGUGCAAGUCUGCAAAACACCCCAUCACACCCCAGACACACACACACACGGGCCCAUGAGACACAAAACCCCAAACGACACGGCGCAAACAAAUCACAAAGAGUCCCUUCAAAAACCUGCCCUAAACUAUAAUUAGCGUUAACUUCGGGGAGCGCUUCCAACCCUAAUGUAUUCGAGGGCGACUUGCAAACAGAGCACUUUUAGAUCCCUUUUUAUUUCCUCAGUAGUUACUAUUUGCCGGGCUGGUUUGCAUUUUGAGGAGCAUUCGUUGCCGCCGGGCAAACCAAACCCUUGAGCGCCUCAAUUACCGCCCUGAUCCUAUCAAGGCCGGGCUUCCCGAAGGAUAUAAAAGGGGCAGCGUCACUCCAGCGGGAUCUCUGCUCCUCCUGCCGCACCCGGAGCCGCCCCGAACACCCCGAAGGAGCCACGAUGAGCCGGCAGGCGCCCACGGUGAGGUCCGUGCUGGGCCGACGAGGCUUCAGCUCGGCCUCGGAGAUCUGCGGCCGCAGCUUCGCCGCCUCGUCCUGCGCGCCCGCCCGCUGCGGGGCCGGGGCCUACAGCAGCAGGAGCGUCUGCAACCUGGGGGGCAGCCGGAGGAUCUCCUACGUCAACGGCUGCGGCACCGGCUGCUUCGGGGAGCUGGCGUUCGGGGCCGCGGGGUACGGCAGCGCCGGCGCGGGGCGAGCGGGGCUGUGCGGCCCCCGCGGGUACAGCCUGGUGCGGGGGUACCCCGAGCGCAAGGCCGACGGCAUCCAGGGCAUCUGCAUCGACGAGAGGCUGCUGAAGCCCCUGUGCGUGGGCGUGGACCCGCUGGAGCACGAGAUCCGCUGCCAGGAGAAGGAGCAGAUCAAGAGCCUCAACACCCAGUUCGCCUGUUUCAUCGACAAGGUUCGGUUCCUGGAGCAGCAGAACAAGGUGCUGGAGACCAAGUGGGGGCUCCUGCAGCAGUACGUGCUGCCCAAGAAGGGCAAGAACCUGGAGCUGUACUUCGAGAACUACAUCUGCGACCUGCGCAAGCGCCUGGACUGCCUGCUCUGCGAGAAGCAGAAGCUGGGCAGCGAGGAGUGCGCCACGAGCCAGCUCGUCGAGGAGUUCAAGUGCAAGUACGAGGAGGAAAUCAACCGGCGCACGACGGUGGAGAACGAGUUCGUGGCGCUCAAAAAGGAUGCAGACUGCAUCUUCCUCAACAAGGAGGAGCUGGAGGUGAAGGUGGAUCUGUUGAGAAGGCAGCUGGAGCUGUUGAAAUGUGUGUUUGAGGAGGAACGAGCCCAGGUGGAUCGGCAGCUCUGCGACACCUCGGUCAUCGUCAAGAUGGACAACAACCGGGACCUGGACAUGGAGAGCAUCAUCAAGAACGUGGAGUGCUGGUACCAGGAGAUCGCCCAGAAGAGCAAAGAAGAAGUCGACGCCUUCUACCAAACCAGGUUUCAGGAGCUCCAGGACAAGAGAGGGAAAUACUGUGACGACCUGCAGAGCAACAAGUGCGAGAUCUCAGAGCUGACCAGGAUGAUACAGAAGCUGCAGUGUGAGCUGGAGAGCGUCAAGAAGCAGGUCUCCUGCCUGCAAACCUCCAUCUGUGACGUGGAGCAGCGCGGGGACUGCGCCCUCAAGGACGCGCGCGAGAAGCACAUUGAGCUGCAGAACGCGCUGCAGAAGGCCAAGGACGAGCUGGCCUGCAUGCUCAGGGACUACCAGGAGCUGCUCAACGUCAAGCUGGCCCUGGACAUCGAGAUUGCCACCUACAAGACCCUCCUGGAGGGUGAAGAGAGCAGGAUCUGUGUGGGGAACCCCGUGAGUGUGUCGGUGGUCAGCAGCAGCGGCUACACCCUCCCGGACGACUGCGGGCUGCUGGCGGCCAACGGGGCGUGCGGGUUCGGCUCCCUGGGCCGGCGCUCGGGCCGCCACAGCUCCCCGGCCGCGGGCGGCUUCAGCUCCCGCAGCGCCGGCAUCCACCCCAAGCGCGUCCUGAGCUCGGUGGCCAAGCCCUGCCAGGUGCCGCCGGAGGUGUUCUGCCCUCCCGGCGGGGUGGGCUGCAAGGCGGGGGGGUUCAGCUCCCGGAGCGGGGGGUACCCGGCCCGGCCCGGGCUCGGCGCCAGGGUGGGGGGCGUGCAGGCGGGCGGGGUGGUCACCUUCGGCAACCAGGGCUGCGUCAUCCGGCAGCUGGCCGGGCCCCCCGUGGUCGUGUCCGGCGGCGCCGAGGUCGUGGGGUGCAACCCCGGCGUGGUGGGGAACUUCGGCGUGGUCAGAGACCCCUGCGUGGUCCCGUAGGGCCGCGGGGUGGGGGGCUGGCGGGGCCCCCCCUCCCCGGGGGGCUGGAGCCGCCGUUCCUACACCGGGACGAGGCAGGAUGAGGCGGGAUGAGGCAGGAUGAUUUCCCCGCCCAAACAUUCCCGCUGUCCGGCGAUGCCAAACCCAUUCCCACAUUUAUUAGCACCCCUCGCCCCCUCCCGGCCCCGUUUUCAGAGCCCCCCCGACCCCCAGGACACCUCUAGAAGCUUCUCCCAGCUCAGUAUUGUCUCUGAGUUCACACUGUAGGUCAUCACAGCUUUAAUGGGUUUGCUCGUGGCGCUGCUUCCCCCUCCGGCUUCUCCCAGGUUCAUUAACAACAUUCCUCCUUCCAAGACUCCCCUUUUUUCCCCUUCCAGCUCCUCCCAAAGCAUUUCAGAAAAGCGAGAGAGGAUUUAACCAUUUAACUUUCCCAGCAGACACUGUAAAGUGCAGACUCCCUUUAUUUUUAUUCUUUUGUUUCGUUUGUUUUGGUUUUUUUUGUCCAAAAAACCCCCUGAGCCGCGAAAUUUAAGCUGAAAUCCGAAAGGAGGCGAUUCCAAAGCACCUCCCGGUUCCUCCGGAGCUUUAUUUGUCGCGUGGAAUCACAGGCGAACGCGCGGUGCCUCCGUUGCUUCUGCAUGUUUAGGGGUGGCUGGUUCAGGGCGUGCUGAUUUUUGGCAGAGAUCACCCCCCCCUUUCCCUUUUCCCUCCCCCCCGGAAUGCCGAGGGAAGGUGCCGGUGCACGAAUCCCGUUGUACCGACACGGACGGAGCCGCUUCCCGUCGGCUGCUCCGACUUCCCCCUCAAUAAACUGCAUCCAAAGGA